AUGCCACGUGGAAAGUAUACCAACCAUAAAGGACGCAACCGUAAGUUUACCAGUCCCGAGGAGUUAGAAGAACAAAGAAAACAGGAAGAGCAGAAACAAAAAUGGAGAAAGGAGCAUGGAGAUGUUAGCUCUAGUGAAGAAGAUUCUGAAGGGAAUAAAUCUGGUUCAGAUAACAGUGAUGAUAGUGAUUCAGAUGAAGAUCAUCCAACGAAAGCCAAGGGUGUGUCUGGUCUCAUUGAAGUAGAAAACCCAAAUCGAGUUGUAAAGAAGAAUAAGAAGCUAUCAAAUCUAAAUGCCAUAGGUGAAGCAGAAAAACCUCAACUUUCAAGGCGUGAACGUGAAGAGAUAGAGCGUCAGCGUGCAGCGGCGGCGUACCAGAAGGCGCACGCGGAGGGCAAGACUGACCAGGCGCGGGCGGACCUCGCGCGUCUCGCCAUCAUCCGCCAGCAGCGCGAGGAGGCGGCCAAGCGACGCGAGGCGGAGAAGAAGGCUAAGGAAGAAACCACUAAGAAAAGA